CGUCGCAUUGAAAGGCAGUAGUUGUCGCCUUCCAAAUCAGAGGACAAAUAAAAUUUUAUCUACAACGGACGAAUGAAGUGGUUUUAUUUUUAAUGCGGGGAAAUUGAAGAUUUCAAUUCCAAUAAUAAACAUAAGUUUGCGAAGUGCAAAGUUUCUUGUAUUAUUGUUUGUGUACGCUUGGUAGCGUACUUUGUGUCAAAAAAUCACCGUCCUUGAUUGCAAGUGCAAAUAAAUAUCAAAAGCUAAUAAUCUGCAGGCAGCAGUGUCGGAAUUGGCCGCCGUCGUCGUCGUAGUAGUUGCUUUUCAAAAUUUCAUUGAAGCACGCCCAUAUAACACCAUAACAAAGUAUAUAUGUGUGUACUACUUUUAUGGAAUUGUACAAUAUUUAACCAAAAUCACAAAAACAAACAAGAGUAGAGCAACAAUUGUGAACAUCUAGAGAGUGUGGUAUACUACAUUCAAAUUAUUAUUAAUUAAAUGAAUUGUGCAAAUGUAUUAUGUGUGAAUGCUAGCAAAUAUUGUUAUUGCUAUAGAAAAAUAGCCAUAAUUGUUUACGUGAUGAUUUGUUGAAAGAGUGUAGUCAAGACCGUGCAAUAAUUCCAUAGUGUAUCACCGCGUGUACUUUUCUGCGUCCAUACAUGCAUAUUGUGUGUACAUAUGUAUGUAAAUGUGCGUGUGUCUAAAAUAAAUGCAUAUGCGCUCAUAUGGCUGUCAAUGCUGGCGCGCGUAAAAAGCAAAUAAAAUAUUUUUGGGUUGUCGUUUUGUUCAGUAAAAUUAUUUAUAGUGUUCCACCGUAUAAAGAAAUUUAAAAUAUAUAUAAAAAAAAGGAACAACUGUAAACAAAUAACGAAUAUAACUAUAAUCUCAACAAUAAUACAAAAUUUUUAAAUUUAAAAAGUAGUGUGGAAGUAAUAUAGUAAAACGCACCUCAACAAGCUAAACAACAGUCGAUUACAACUACAUUACAAUACAACAGCAACAUGGCUUUGCCAAGUAAUAAUAUUGGUACCGGUAGUGGUGGAGGUAGUGGCGGUGUUUUAGGAGCUACCGGCGGCGGUAGUGCUGGUAGUGGUGGUGUCGGAAACAAUGAUUUGUGGCGCGAGUGUGUUGCAUGGUUAACGCGUUGCAAAAUUAUACCACCCGAUCACAAAGCCAAUUGGCCCGAUUCAGAAAUACGCGUCCUUGCCUUGACGCUACGCGAUGGUGUUUUACUUUGCAAUUUGGUCAUUUAUUUGGAUGCCAGCAGUAUGGAUCCACGCGAUUUCAAUCGCAAGCCACAAAUGGCACAGUUCUUGUGCUGUAAAAAUAUCAAACUUUUUCUCGAUGUUUGCCGCAACCAUUUUGGACUGCGCGAUUCGGAUCUCUUCGAGCCCACAAUGCUGUACGAUUUAACGAAUUUCCAUCGUGUGCUGAUAACGCUUUCCAAAUUAUCGCAAUGCCGUAAAGUACAACAACUGCAUCCGGAUUUAAUUGGUUUCAACAUACAGCUUUCACCUAGCGAACGCUCCCACUCCGAUGAGGCCAUUUACAAGGAUCUCCAUUCAACUACCACCGACAACAAUGCAUGUCACAACGAUCAUAUAAACACCAAAGAAGAGGAAGUAUAUCAAGAUUUGUGUGCUUUACAAAGAACCAGUAGAAGUCAGAUCACCUCAGCCACCAGUUUCGAGCAACGUGAUUAUGUUAUACGCGAACUGAUCGACACAGAGUCGAAUUAUCUUGAUGUCCUGAAUGCCUUGAAGACAAAAUUCAUGACGCCACUCGAACGCUACCUGAAUCCGGAAGAAAUUAAGCAAAUAUUUCCACGCAUACGAGAACUCGCUGAUAUCCACACAAGGUUUCUGGAAAAACUGCGUGAAUCUCUCUCGCCCAAUGCCAAAGUGAAAAUGAGUCAAGUAUUUUUGGAGUUCCGUGAGCCAUUCCUGCUCUAUGGCGAAUACUGUUCCUGUCUGUUGGGUGCCAUCGAUGUGCUGGCCGAUGUCUGCAAGAAGAAUCAGAUUAUUGAGCAACUUGUGCAGCAAUGUGAGCGUGAAUACAAUGUGGGCAAAUUGCAACUGCGUGAUAUUUUAUCGGUACCAAUGCAGCGAAUUCUCAAAUACCAUUUACUAUUAGAUAAACUAGUCAAAGAAACCUCACCGGUGCACGAGGAUUACCGCGCAUUGGAGCGUGCCAAAGAGGCAAUGAUCGACGUAUCUCAAUAUAUCAACGAAGUAAAGCGUGAUUCCGAUCACUUAGUGAUCAUACAGAAAGUCAAAGACAGCAUAAUCGAUUUGCAUUUGCUGCCAAACGGUACCAACGAUCUCCUGCAAUACGGUCGUCUCCUCUUGGACGGCGAAUUGCACAUAAAAGCACAUGAGGACCAGAAAACAAAAUUACGUUACGCAUUCGUUUUCGAUAAAAUACUUAUUUUGGUGAAGCCGUUGCACACAAAAAUGGGCGAUAUGCAGUAUACAUACCGUGAUUCCCACUAUCUCUCCGAAUAUCGGGUGGAGCAGAGUCAUACGCGGCGUACCUUGGGUCGCGAUACACGUUUCAAGUGUCAACUGCUGUUGGCGCGCAAAUCGGGCAAGACUGCUUUCACGCUCUACUUGAAAUCGGAGCCGGAACGUGAUAAAUGGCGCAAGGCGCUCACAGAGGCAAUGGAAAACUUGGAUCCACCUGGCUGCCGUAAUACAGAUCACAAAAUGGAAAUUUAUACCUUCGAUACGGCCACGACAUGCAGGCACUGUUCGAAAUUCCUUAAAGGACGUAUACAUCAGGGCUACCGCUGUAAGGUCUGUGAAAUUGCCGUACAUAAAGGGUGCAUUUCGUCGACGGGUCGCUGCAAACAGAAUCCUCUAAGCAUACCGCCGCCUGUUUGUGAUCGUCAGUUGUCGGAGUUCAAUUGGUUUGUCGGCACAAUGGACCGCGAUACAGCCGCCAUACGCUUAGAAAAUCGUCGUGUUGGCACAUAUUUAUUGCGUGUGCGGCCUCAAGGUGCAUCCAAUCCACAUGAGACCAUGUAUGCGCUGAGUUUGAAAACCGAUGAUCAUGUUAUUAAACACAUGAAAAUCAACCAAGAACCCGAUGGCGAAACAGUGCUCUAUUGUCUGUCGUCGCGCCGCCAUUUCAAAACUAUUGUCGAACUGGUUUCGUACUAUGAACGCAACGAUUUGGGUGAAAAUUUUGCGGGUUUGAAUCAAUCGCUGCAAUGGCCCUUCCGCGAAGUGAUAGCCACGGCUAUUUACGAUUUUGAACCGAAAGGCAGCAACCAAUUGCAUCUUAAGACAGGCGGCCAAGUGCUGGUUAUUGGCAAAGAUGGCGACAGCAAAGGUUGGUGGCGUGGAAAAAUUGGCGAUACGGUCGGCUACUUCCCCAAGGAGUACGUGAAGGAGCAUCCACCGAUGAGCGAUGAACUUUGAUAUUACAAUUAUGUAAUUUAUGUUGCGCAACCAACGGACCAACAUGCAAUUGCAUCGGAUAAUAGAAGUUUAGCGGCUGACAGCUGCGUACCCACCACUAGCAGAGUGAUAAUGCCCAGAGGUGAGCAGUAGUCGCUCAAACCUCGCGCUGAUUAAGAGAAAAAAAAUUAGAAAAAACGGGAAGAGAACAAUAAUUGUUGGUUGUUAACGGUUUGCUGUGGCAACUAGCUGCACGCUGCGUACACAUAAAUGCUUGUAGAGUGCCAGUGUGCAUACGACAGCACAUAAAAGCAUAAGCAAAAACAAAAACAAAUAAUAAUAAUAAUGUUAUUGAUUGUGCCAAUAGCUUUUUAUAUACAAUUUUAAUUACGUAAUAGUGUAUUUAUGUAGUUACUU